AUGGCGACGAAGAAGUUGGCCAGGUGAGGCCUACAACAGGCGCUGCAUCCUUCUUUUCCUCCAUUUCCCUAGUGGGCUCUCGGAUUGAUUGAUUGAUUGAUUGAUUUUUUAAUUUAAUUUAAUUUAAUUUAAUUUAAUUUAAUUUAUACACUGCCUUUUUAUCCAAGGAGCUCUAGGUAGCGCACGUGCCCCCCCCCCUUUAUUCAUUUAAUCCACCCAACAACGCUGUGAGGUUGGUUAGGUUCAGAGGCAGUAACUGGCCCAAAGUCACCCAGGGAGCUCCGUGGCUGAGUGAGGAUUCUAACCCUGCUCUCUCAGGCCCUAGUCUGGUGCUCUAACCACUGCACCACCCUGGUUAACAAGCCCUGUGGGUUUCUUUUCCCUUGGGAAAGUUUGGAUGUUUAAAAUAAGGGGGUGGAGGGAGCUGGUGAGAAGAAAAGAUGCUGCCAGAUGUCUGCAACAAGCUCCCAUUUCCCCCCUGUUCUCUCCCUCUUUAUCCCAUUUUUUUGAGCUUUGUGUAAAUAGGUUGCAGGUUGGGCCGCUUGCAUUUCAUUACCAGUUGUCCCAACUGUUCUCCACACUUUUUCUCAAGGGAUUCGGGAGCCUCAGGCCUGAAUCUCGAUCACUUGGUUACCCCCCAAAAUAUUGUUCUGCUAUUGAGAGAUGAAUUCUUUCAGUAUGUGUUUGAAUUUUUAUUUUUGUAGGCAGCUUGGCAUUAUUAGAAGAAUUUCUAAAACAUCGCCCGGUGGCCAGAAUCAUGGCAAACCCAAACUAAGUGAGUACUGUGUCUGAAUUGCACAGCAAAAUUGCUGUUUAUACUCUCGCAAAUAACGCAAUCCUCACUUGAUUUUGUAGGGCAAUUGUUUGACUACUUAAUAAUUAUUGAUUUUGAGUCUACGUGCUGGAAAGAAGGCAGAAAAUGUUACACUCAAGAAAUCAGUAAGUGGAGAUUUAGUAAUAUUGUUUGAGAACUGCUUCUGUGUGAUCGGUAAAUUAAUAAUGGAGCUAUCAAAACAUUGCUCAUGCAGUUUAUUUGUGUAUAAUUCCCAACCUACCUAUCCCAAACUCUACAUGUAAAGUAUUCAUAUUUUGAUACUUAAGUUACAUGAAUGACUGGAGGUGGGUGCUGGAACAUAACAGCCCCUGGUAUUUGGGGCACACCUCUUACUAUCAGAAGUUUUCAACCUUUUUGAGUCUAUGGCUCCCUUGACCAACUACAUCCUUUCUGUGGCACUGUUGUAGGGCUCAGGAACCCAGUUAUGUCACCCCUUGCCUGCAGAGCUGGCAGCCUUUCACCUUUUUCAAACACCCUCCCUUGUGGAAUGUUCCCUCAGCCUCCUCUCCCCUCUCCUCGCCUUGGGAGUCCUUCAGAUAGCUGCUGCUGCCACCCCUGGUCUCUGAGCUGCCCCCCCACCCCAAAGAGAGGUGUCUCCUCACACUGCCCCAUAGGGGCAUGGGAAGUACCCCCUGGCCAGCUCCAGAGGUACCAUUUACCUGGGGAGCCUGUAGCCAGGGCUGUGCUGCAACAAACAGGUGUGCAAGCAUUUUGGGAGUCAGAGACGUUAAGAGGGCAUCAGAAGAGGGAGGGAAGGAAAGAGGGACAGAGGCCAGUGUUGCCCACGGCACCCCUGACCAUCGUUCAAGGCACCCCAGGGUGCUAUACAACACUGGUUGAAAACCACUGCCUUAGAUGUAGCAGCUCAUGCAAAGAAGUCUCUGGCCAUUGCUGCUAUUGGCCACAUUUCAAAGCUUUAUGAGUGAGACUUCUUUGAACAUGAAGGAUUCAGCAUGACCUAUGCUCUGGCUUCCCCAAACCCUAUAGUACUGGGAAAUGUGACCCAUGCACCCCAGUUGAAUGCACAGCACUUUCUUGAGAGAACAAGGCAGCUUGUGAUUGGUUAAACUCUUUGCUUAUAAAUUAGAGUUUAUUGGAUUGGGGUUACUAAAGAACCAAGAGCAUGGAGCUUAGGAGAAGAUGUCUUCCGUGUAUUGACGAUGCCUCAUUCAAGGAUUUAAUACACACUUUGAAAAGGAGAGGGAACAAGAUGGAACCUUGUGGGAUUCCACUAGGAAGGUCCAAAUGAGAAAAGGAUGAUGUAUUUUUGUCCAACAAGUGGAAUUUAAAUGGGGCGGGGGGCUUAAACCAUUGACCCAGCACUCUUCAACUCCAUCUGUAAAACUGCAUUUUUAAGAAUGCUAUUUCUUUAAAAUAAACCUGAUUUGGAAUGAAAAUGUACUUUCUUUAGUUGAAUUUCCAGCAGUUCUAUUAAACACCUUGAAUGGAGAGAUUGAAUCUGAAUUCCACAUGUACGUGCAGCCUCAGGAACAUCCCAUUCUCUCUGAAUUUUGCACUGAGCUAACUGGCAUAAAGCAGGUACAAUUUUAUUGUUUCAUGUUGCAGUCAAUUUGCAAGCUAAGCUCAUAGUUUCCAGUUGGUUUUGAAACCAUUGAGGUGUUGUUGACCCUGUUUCACUAUGCCUGACAAUGAAUUGUGUUAAGGCUGAGUGUAAAGCAACACUUGGAUACUGUCAAAAAUACUAAAUGUAUCUUGUUCUCUUCUAUUAAGAACCAAGUUGAUGAAGGCGUCCUCUUCAUAUAUGCCUGUCUCAGUUUUCUAAAUGGAUUCAAAAAAUGCAGAAGGAAAAAAACAUUGUUUUCAGUUCAGGUCAUUCUUCGGAAGGGAAAUUAUGUGCUUUUGUUACAUGGUCAGGUAAUUCACAGUACCUUUUUAAAAAUCUGAUUUCUUACACUGAAAGUGGUUUGAAGUGAUUUGACCCCCUUGACUUUGCUUUUCCACUUCCUUUUUAAAAAAUCUUUCAAGGCUGUAUUUGCAACAUGUGCUAGAAACUGGUUUAAGAAAACAAAAGAAAAAUGAGGUUUUUCUUGGAUAAAAUACACACAAAACUCUGAGUUGGGAGGUGCAAUGCACAGUUGUGGAUUGCGUACUCCUCAGCAAUUAUGUGUGCAUUUCACGAUCACACCAUAGAGCGGACUUAGUCCCUAGGUAUCUUUUCCUCCUUUAAUUCCUCAUGUUUCUAGCCCGGCGAGGAAUGGCUGUCUGAUAAGACACAGUUACUAUUCCACACGGAAGAAAGCUAGAAACAAUAACAAAGCAUAAAACAUGAAAGGUUUAUGACAGUUUGUUUGUUCUACAGACUGGGACCUGGGUGUGUGUUUGCAAUACGAGUGUAAAGAAAGCAGCUGAGAAAACCAGAUGUUUUAAACUCCUGGAUUGAUCUCCGGGCAACUUACAAGGUGAGAUCAGACUGUGCAUGUGUAAUAUUCAUGAAAGGAAUGCGGAAAUGGCCAAUUUUGCUAGCUGAGAGCUGCUUAUUGUUUGGAUUGCCGUGGUCAUGGUGUAACUGGCAGCCUGUCUACAUCUCCGCAAGCUAGAUCAUUGGCCAGAUGAAAUAAACUUUUGCUGCAUUUCUACAUUGCUUAUAAUACUGUCAUGUUAGUUCAAACCUCCCAUCUGUUUUACUCCUUUCCAUCUCUCUUCUUUUCUUUUAUUAAGUGUUUUCCUUCGCUGGUGACAUAAAGAUCACAUGUUUACAUAGCCCUCCUAGGUAUAUGACCCAUCUCUGGUCCUAUCUGUAUUAUUUAUUUAUUAUAUUAUCCAUAUCCCACCUUUAAGGAAGUAAAGUAAAGAAAUACAUUGGGGGGGGGAUAAAAUAAUUUAAUAAGGUUGCAAUAAGAACACAGGAGGAGCUGUGAUCGGAACAGUGGCCCAUGUUGUCCAGCAUUCCAUUCCCAGCAGCCAACCAGAUGCCUGAAAAGCAUAACAAGUCACCAGGCUGCCUUCCAUAGUGCAGUCACUGUGCGCAGGGAGGGGGGAACAGUCUGAGGUCACCUGAGGUCAUCAUUGCCUAUCUCCUUUGGUCUCCUAUUCCUUGUCAUAGGGCCUUUGGUGGUAGACAGCCCUGUGAGUAAGAUGGGACAGUGAUUUAUUUAUUUUUUUGGAGGAAGGAUAUGAUCUAUGUAGUAUAAUUAAUAGAUAGAUAGAUAGAUAGAUAGAUAGAUAGAUAAUUUAGUACGGUCGGAGACCAGCUUAUAAAACACACUUGGGGGUACAAUCCCAGAAGGAAAACAAACAUUUAAAACAAUGUACAACAAUAAACCAUCCCCUGACCCAAACUAGUUUGUUAAGAAAAUCCCCAAACUCAGUUCCAUAGGUGACUCUGGGUCAUCUCUCUGCAGUAGCUUAUCUUAAAGUUGUAAGUGUCUAUAUGCUUAUUGCAUUUAUAAAUGUAGUAUAUUUAUUAUUUUUAAAAUGAUAGAUAUCACUUAAUACAGAUUCAUUUUAUGAUUGCUCAUGAAUAUUUAGUAAUCAGAGCACUGAUGGGAGUGUUUUCAGUUCUUUGACUUGCUAACGCAGGUAUGGGGAACCUUUGGCCCUCUAAAUGUUGUGGAACUUCUAGCUUCCAUCAGCCCCAGCAAGCAUGGCCAAUCGUCAGGGAUUAUGGGAGGUGUAGUUCAGCAAUGUUUAGAGGGCCACAGGCUUCCCACACCAGUGCUAAAGAAAGGCGUAUAUGAAGAACUAAAUUUUGUGCUGUGCCUAUGAGCACCUGCCAUGAUUUGAGCUGAGCAGAGCACAGCAGCUAAUGUCUUUACCUUUAUUUCCUCUUAGCUCUUUUACUGUCGGAAGCCACGUGGGCUAAACGGUGCUUUGCAGGAUGUGGGGAUCAUAUUUGCAGGACGGGAGCAUUCUGGUGAGUGAAUUUUUAAGUGUGUAUGUGUGUAUGUAUGGAAAUAUUUCUAGUUAUCAGUAGCAAGUUCUUAGGCAUGUUCCAAGCUCUGCCGAAACUGAGACAAACUCCAUGGAAUAUAACCCAAACUGUUCAAUAAUGACAUGCUCUAAAACCAAGAAUGCUGGUUUUUCUUAUCCUUUUAAAUGAGUUUUAUUCCACUUUUGUUUCACCCUUCUUUCAAAAAGUUCAGGACAAUUUAUUAAAUUAUUUGAAAAAAGUUCAGGGCAAUAAUUUGGAAAAGUGAAAAAUAUUUAUUGCAUAUUUCCAAAACAUUGUGUACAAUAUCAUACAUUAGCAGAAUUUUGAAAAACACUUGUAAUAUGAUGAAUAAUGUAUAAAACUAGAAAUUAUUGUGAAUUUAAGAUAUUAUGGAUGUGCACGAACAAAAAUGGAUGUGUAAAACAAAAGAACCAAGAAGGGGAGUGGAGGGAAGUCAAGGGAUUUUAGAAAUCCCAUGUUUGGAAGUUGUUAUGGAUUGUAGACAUAGUAUAGUUAUUUUUAUGUGAUUACUGUAAAAAUUAAUAAAAUAGUAUUAAACACACACACACACACACAAGUUCAGGACAGUACCUACUGUUCCCUACCUCCUUCUGUUUUUAUCCUUGCAGCAACCCUGUGGGGUGGGCUGGACCGGACUGGGAGGCAGAGUGACUCAGUCACUUAGUGCACUUCAGGACCAAGCAGGGAGUGGAACUUGAUUGUCCCUGGACUUACUACCUGCCAUGUGUAGAUCACCAAAUUUUAUACUUAUACUAGGGUCUUCUUAUACAAGGGUGCUUUGUGCAUAGCUGUAUCCCUACAGGUUCUUUUGUUAAGCAGUGAGAAAGGGUUGUGUGAGUACAGAAUAGUUAACUUGCCUGACUUGGUCAACAACAGCACCAUAUCUCUUUUUCCCAAGGGCUGGAUGAUUCCCGCAAUACUGCCCGCCUUGCAUGGAAGAUGAUCUGCGAUGGGUGUGUGAUGAAAAUCACUAAAUCUUUGGAUAAGGUCAGUGGCUUUUCUUCUUGACAUAUGUGCCAAGAAGACAGUAAGAGUUUGCUGAAACGACUUUGAACUUGAUCUUCUUCCUGGAGGAUUCUGAGGCACAUUUUCUCACUUGGCUGUUGACAUCUCUUUCCUGCGGUUCCCGCAAUAUCUUAUUUGUUUAUGGAUUCUUUAGGCACCUCCUGUGAAGAAUUCCAUUGCCAGAUUUUUGUCUCCGAAACCUACUGAAGGAAGUCCUUUGGGAAGCAAUGAUGGUGCAGGAAUGUCAUGUCUGGAUGAGAGCAAAAUGCUGGAGUUACCACAGGAAUUAAAAACAACAAGGAAAACCAACAGCAAGAGUUCAGUCCUGUUCAUCUGCAUAGAAACGCCCAUGUUCUGUCGAGAAAUGCCCCAAAGACUGAUGGAUAUAGUAGUGUCCAAAGCUGCUUGA